CGCUUGAGCAAGAACAGCUCCAUACCUCAACGAACCACCAAAAAUGACUAAGGGUACAUCUUCGAUGGGUAAAAGAGGCAAUAAGUCUCAUACCCUCUGCCGUCGUUGCGGAAAGCGUUCUUUCCAUAAGCAAAAGAGCACUUGCGCUUCCUGUGGUUAUCCUUCCGCUAAGACCCGCAGCUUCAACUGGGGUGCUAAGGCCAAGAGAAGAAAGACUACCGGUACUGGUCGUAUGCAACAUAUGAAGAAGGUUCACCGUAGCUUUACCAACGGUUUCCGAACUGGUACCCAGCGUGCUGCUGUUGUCAGUUCUGCAUAGGUGAAUCUAAUAAAAAAUACCUUAUGUCUAUGCUAUGUGUUAAGUAGGAAAUUGGUGGUGACAAUGUGUGAAUACUGAGAAAGAUAUGUAACAAAAGAGCCAGCUAAAAUGUGGGACUCUUAUGAAAGAGUUUUUGGCUAUUGGGUAUUUCAUUGUAAGAUUAAUGUUUCAUGUGUGUUCGAAAUGUAUGUAGGUAACGUGGUGAAGGAAUUGCAUUACAAGAAACACCAGAUUUUAUGAAUUGUAUUUCCAAUAAAGUCCAUGAGUUGCGC